AUGAUAACUGGUGAUGCGAAUGAUGAUAAAGAAGAAUUCUGGAUAUCAAUUUUUGACAAUGAUUAUGAUGAAAGUAAUUUAUCAAGUUCAGAAUCAACUAAUAAUAAUAAUGAAUCAGUAGUUAAUGAAAAAUAUAUGGUAAAAGAUCAGAAGGCUAAGUGGCCAUUGAAUAGUUUAUUUUUAUCUGAUUUGAAAGCACUAUUUUUUGCAAAUAGUUAG